AUGCCGAGGUCUCCAGCGUCCUUGCCCACCCUUCCGGAGGAGAUGAUCGAUGUCAUCAUCUCCUUCACUGACCACGAAACACAGCAGCUGCUGCGCCUGUGCUGCAAGCAAUUCAACCGCCUCACAGCCCCACGCUACUUCCGCAACUUUCGCUUCAGGUUUUCGCAGCUCAGCCUGGAUGGCUUGAUAUGUAUAGCCAACCACCCAAGCAUUGCCAAGUACGUGCAACAUCUAGAAUUCAAUAGCCACCAGCUGCUGUGGUUGUUCGAUUUUGAUCAUUUCCUGAGAGAGCUGCGUUUGCACCCUGGUCAACCAUGGCGCCCACCUCCCGGCCUCAAGCACGUCCCCACCCAGGACUUCACCCACGCACAACUUUACCAAAUCUAUGCCGCCUACACCUCAGAGCGCGACACCCCAGCCGACUACGUUGAUUGCAUCCUCUCCCGUGCUGAGCCCAGCAAUCCCCUCCUCCCCGUCACCUACCCCAGCUUGCCCCACGCACUCGCCUCCCUCCCCAACCUUCACGCCAUCACCGUCACCUUCGGCAUGGAGCACCAGCAAUUCUACCCCGUCUACGACCACACCUGGCGCGGCCUCGCCUUUGGCAAGCCGGACCCCGAACCCCCGGGUGACCGCGACAACCAAAAAGCCAUCGACCUCUCCUGCCUCAUGCACGCACUCGGCCGAGCCACCACCACCACCACUCGCAGACUCCCCCUCCGCACCCUCACCAUCCCCACCAUCGGCCCCAGCAUCUUCGGCCCCAUCGCCCUCCAACGCCUCUGGAACAUCGACGGCCCCUCCCGCCCAGCCCGCAACUCCUCCCUCUCCUACCCACGCCGCUCCACCAACAACCCGCACAGCCACCACCGCCUCCCGACACUGACCUCCGUCACCGUCGCCGCCGCUGUCGCCCCCACCGCCAGCGACUCCUCUUCCUCCUCCGACGACGAACAGUCCCUUUACCACUCCAACUUCCGCACCUUCACCGCCGUCGCCGCGGGGCUCACUCGGCUGGACCUGCAUCUCAACUGGAGCAGUGUGGGCGGAGUACGCAACCUGGUGAACCCGCUGGCGGCGUUUCUUGGGGCGGCGAGGGGGCUGGUCGAGCUGGCGCUGGUGGUGGAGCGGGAGGGCAUGGCGGCGGGCAGGUGGAGGGGGUACUUGACGCCGGAUGAUGAGCUGUGGAGGGGGAAAGACGUGUUGUUGGCGAUGCUGGGCCGCAGGAUGGGGGAGCAGGAUGAGGGGGAGGGAUGGGGGGAGGGGGUCGAGGAAGAAGGAGAAGGAGAAGAAGAAGAGGAGGGGGCCGAGCACGAUGUCGAGGUGGUGGGGGUGCGGUGGCCGUGUCUGCGGAAAUUGACGCUGGGCAUGGCGACGACGGAGGACGGCUUGCUGGGCCUGCUCGGGCGCGUCGCGGGCACUCUGCGCAGCCUGACGCUGUGCAAUGUGCGCUUCGUGCCGCGGCUUGGCGACUGGGGCUGCGCUUUGCGGGAGAUGCGGGAGGUGCUGGAGCUGGAAGAGUUGGAGAUGAGCCGGCUGAUGCAUGACAUGGCGGGUUUCUAUGUCAUGCUCGCUCCGAGGAAUAUUGGGGUCGUGUGCGUGGAGGAUUCGAUGGCGGACAAGCGGUAUCGGAUGAUAUAUCGGCAUUAUGAGGCGCAGGUGGUUGAUUACGUUAUGAAAAAGAGCGAUAGGGAGCCCGAACUCGACCAAGGGGCGUUUUUCCAGAAUCACCCUGAAUACUGCGAGUGGUGCAAGGAGCAGAGUUUAGAAAAUGAGGGAAAAUAUAACCAAACAUCACUACAGUAG